CCUGCAAGCGUGUGUGUGUGUGUGUGUGUGUGUGUGUGUGUGUGCUUGAGCGCGUGUCUACAGGACGGAGAGAGGGGCAGAGGGAGGCGGGCACGCCCAAACGAUGGUGUUGAAUGAUGCCCGUCUGUUGCUUCUUGUGUACAUCGGUGCGUCCUGCGAUUGGCGGAGGACAGGGAAAGGUACCCAGCGCUGGCGCGCCGUGGGCGGGUGGUAGGCUUGUUUAUAAACCCAGAUCUCUCCCUGUGGGCGGGAACAGCAACAGUAGAGAGUGAAAGUGAGGCAAAAGAAGAGAGAGAGGGAGAGAGACGGUGGAGGAGACGAGGCUGUGGCGGCGGCUGUGGUUGACCGGGGUUCGCAGAGGGGGCGAGGCGGCCGCCCCUGUAUGCGUCUUCAACCGCGCAUGGACGACCACCUCAGCCUCCUGCAAUCACCCCCGCCGAGCGCGACCAAAACCCGGGGCGACAAUCUGGUGAACCACGGAUACACCGAGACAGAGGCCGACGUGAUGACGGUUGUGGCGUGUGACAACAUGCUCGAGGAGUCGGCGGCGCUCCCGGGCCACCACUCUCUGGACCGAUACGAACCGGACCACGAGUGCUGCGAGCGGGUCGUCAUCAACAUCUCAGGGUUACGCUUCGAGACGCAGCUCAAGACUCUGUCCCAGUUCCCAGAGACGCUGCUGGGGGACCCGAAGAAGAGGAUGAGGUACUUCGAUCCCCUCAGGAACGAGUACUUUUUCGAUCGGAACCGACCCAGCUUUGAUGCCAUCCUGUACUACUACCAGUCCGGCGGGCGCAUCCGAAGACCCGUCAACGUGCCCAUUGACAUUUUCUCUGAGGAGAUCCGGUUCUAUGAGCUGGGCGAGGAGGCUAUGGAGAAGUUCAGGGAGGAUGAGGGCUUCAUAAAGGAGGAAGAGCGGCCGUUGCCGGAGAAUGAAUUUCAGAGACAGGUGUGGCUGCUUUUUGAAUACCCAGAGAGCUCGGGUCCCGCAAGGGGCAUAGCGAUAGUGUCUGUCCUGGUCAUCCUCAUCUCCAUUGUCAUCUUCUGCUUAGAGACACUGCCGGAGUUCAGGGACGAGAACAGGGACCCGAUCACCAUUGCGCCUGUGAUUAACGGCACGCUCCCGUAUUUCGUCAGCCCCUUCUCAGACCCGUUCUUCGUGGUGGAGACGCUGUGCAUCAUCUGGUUCUCCUUCGAGCUGCUGGUGCGCUUCUUUGCAUGCCCGAGUAAAGCCACGUUCUCCAAAAACAUCAUGAACAUCAUUGACAUCGUGGCCAUCAUCCCCUAUUUCAUCACCCUGGGCACAGAGCUGGCAGAGAGGCAGGGAAACGGACAGCAGGCCAUGUCGUUAGCCAUUCUGCGCGUAAUUCGGCUUGUCCGGGUGUUUCGCAUCUUCAAACUCUCGCGUCACUCAAAGGGGCUCCAGAUUUUAGGACAGACUCUGAAGGCCAGCAUGCGUGAGCUGGGCCUGCUGAUCUUCUUCCUGUUCAUCGGUGUCAUCCUCUUCUCCAGCGCUGUUUACUUUGCUGAGGCAGACGACCCAGAAUCGGGUUUCAACAGCAUCCCGGACGCAUUCUGGUGGGCUGUUGUCACCAUGACCACCGUGGGGUAUGGGGACAUGCACCCCGUUACGAUCGGGGGGAAAAUUGUGGGUUCUCUGUGCGCCAUCGCCGGUGUGCUGACCAUUGCCCUGCCUGUACCCGUCAUCGUCUCCAAUUUCAACUAUUUCUACCACAGAGAGACAGAGGGCGAGGAGCAGGCACAGUACCUGCACGUGGGCAGCUGUCAGCCUCUGGCAGACACGGAGGAGCUGAGGAAGACUCGCUCCUCUUCCUCACUCAGCAAGAGCGAGUACAUGGUGAUAGAGGAGCACGGGAUCAACAGCGCGUUCAAGCAGCAGCCCAACUUCCCCACCACCAACACCGCCAACACCACCACCACCGCGCAAAACAACGCGCAGAAUUGUGUGAACAUAAACAAAAAGAUUUUCACCGACGUGUAGCCAGUGAGUCACGGCCCCGAGCGCAGGAGGGU